AUGGUGAAGCUGAGAUGUCCUUUCACAGAGUGCAAUUGUGCCAUCGUUGAUCUAGACGAGAGUCGUUACGCAUCGGUGAGUCCCGAAAUAUGCAAAGAGCUGAAGCUAAUGCUUCCCUCGAGCGAAGCGACAUCAGACGGACUUUUCUCAGUUUUCGAGGACAUAUGGGAUUUUGAUAACAUUGGCGUUUCCCGUGCUGUUCCUGACGGCUUGGUGAAUGUCCCUGCUGCAACGACUACCGAUAAUCUACGUUUCAAGUUCCGCAACAAGACGUACCAGCUGCACAAGUUACAAAAAUACCUGAUAUGUGCCGAUUGCGACCGCGGCCCGCUCGGUGUGACUUACGAGGUGAAAGACACCAGCAACGGCGGUGAAAUAACUGUUCUAAACAUGCUCAGUCUCGCCAGUGUCAAACAGCUGGAAAACUGA